ACAAAAUUUUGUCAACGCGCUAAUUCCGCGGUCCGAAGGCUUGGACCCAGGUGCGGUUUACGCCCCACUCAAGCUUCCGCUCACGCUGGCCGCUUUCGUCACAAGUCCUUGCGACACGACGGUUGUCGAUAUGGCUCAGCAACGAGGGCAGGCGAUGGGAGACACUCUCAAGACUGCGCAUUCUGUCAGUCUGAAGGUUCUGCGAUUGUCUCGUCCAUCCCUUGCGGUGCAGCACCCUCUCCCGAACUCUAGAGAUCUAGGCAUAUCUCCCAAAGCCUCACUCGCCUAUCCCACGCCGGAUGACGCAAACGAUCAAUUUGUCUUGAGUCCUGUGCUAAAUCUCCCUGAAGCAUUCGGGAGCGCCUAUGUUGGCGAGACCUUCUCCUGUACACUAUGCGCGAACAACGAGCUCGAUCCAGCCGACAACACAAAAGCGAUUAGUGGUGUGCGGAUACAGGGUGAUAUGCAGACGCCCUCGAACCCUACAGGCUCACCAUUGGACCUGUCUGGCUUGCAAGGAGAGGUGGAAAACGCUUCUCCAGGACCAGCCGAAUCACUACAACGUAUCCUAAGAUUUGAACUUAAGGAAGAGGGCAAUCAUGUCCUGGCAGUCACUGUCACAUAUACGGAGACGGCCCUAGGAGAAGGGAGGGCAGCGUCAGGAAGAGUUCGGACGUUCCGCAAACUGUAUCAGUUCGUGGCCCAACAGUUACUGAGCGUUCGCACAAAAGCCGGAGAGAUGGGCCCAAAGAACGGAUGUUCACGAUACCUCCUAGAAGCACAAUUGGAGAACAUGGGAGAAGCUGCUGUGUGUCUAGAGGCAGUCAGUGUAAACCCGAAACCACCUCUCAGAUCGACACCACUUAAUUGGGAUAUGCAACCUUCAGGUCCCAGUGCGCCGAUACUGAGCCCACGGGACGUGGUGCAGGUAGCUUUUCUUCUUGAUCACCAGCCUAGCGAUAACGACGAAGACAUGACAGACUCCAUUACGGAAGACAACAAGAGAGUGUUAGGCCAGCUUGCUAUCCAAUGGCGAAGUGCAUUGGGCGACAGAGGCUCUCUCAGUACUGGAUGGCUUACGGCUCGACGCUGAGGGAGUCUACAAUAAAGUUUGCAUGGCCCUGUCUAACGUCGCUAGGGAUUGUAUAUCUCCGACCGAAGGUUCUGGCGCCGGUACCUGCAGUUCCAAGCGCUUGGUCUGGCAGUAUCGAACUAGCCUUGCACUUGCUGAAGCCACCUGGACAUUCGGAACCUGCUCCGUGCGUGAUGUCAACAUGAGUCGAGUGGUCCAAACAACAUCGCCGAACAGUGAAAAGUAAACUUUGGACUAUAUUU